AUGAUUUCACUUAUCCGUCCGAUCUUUCUAAUGCAAAUACGAAUUGUGAUUUUUCAAAUGAGCUGGGAUCUUCCAUUUGUAGGGAUUAUGAUAGCUUUAGGUGGAUAUGGGAUAGCGAUAUUUUUGAGUUAUGGUUGCUUUAUGAAUGGCUCUCUCUACAAGAUUAUCACUCUUUAUUCCCUUCCAUCAUAUGUCGCAUGGUUGCUGAAUGUUUACUUUCUCGGUGGUUAUGGAGCUGUUUUUGUGCUCGGAGCCACUUUUAUGCUUAACAUUUUGCGAACUGGUGGAUUAAAG